GCGCCGCGAGGCGGGUCUGGGGCGUGUCCUCGGGGUAUAUAGGCAGCCGGAGGGGCCGGGGGCUGCACUCUGCCGCCGUCGCCCCUGUCAGGCUCCAUGAAAUCUGCUGCCGCCUGUGCUGACCUCGCCCCAGGCCCCCCGCCUAGGACAUACUCUGGCUAUUAGGACUCAGCUCCAUGUGGUCCUGUUGAGUGAUGGUUCAUGGUGAAGAGGGCACAUUUUGUAAUCCCAUCUUCAUUUCACCAAAGGCCUCCACCUUCACUGAGCCAGAGUUGUAGAAUGGAAGAGGAAUUGGCUGCUCCCUCCACUUCUGCAGACAAAACUGAUAGUAUGGAUGUGGAUGGAGAAGCCAAAAAACUGCUGGGCUUAGGGCAGAAACACUUGGUAUUGGGAAAUAUUCCGGCAGCUGUUAAUGCAUUCCAGGAGGCUGCUAGUAUAUUGGGUAAAAAGUAUGGUGAGACAGCUGAUGAAUGUGCAGAAGCUUUUUUUUACUAUGGAAAAUCUCUCCUGGAGUUAGCAAGAAUGGAGAAUGGUGUAUUGGGAAAUGCCUUGGAAGGAGUGCAAGUGGAAGAAGAAGAAGGCGAAAAAGCAGAAGAUGACUCAAUGGUAGAAAAUGCUGAUAACAUAGAUGAAGAAGCAAGGGAGGAGUUGAGAGAGCAGGUAUAUAACGCCAUGGGGGAAAAGGAAGAAUCCAAAAAAUCUGCAGAAGAGUCUCCAGUACUGAAUGAAGCUGGGAAGGAAACAGAAGGAGAGGAUGUGGAGAUGGGAGGUAAAACAAGAGAAGAGGAAGCAAUUGCUGACGUAGAGACGAAGCUUAAAGAGAAGGCAGAAGAGCAGGUAGAGGCAGAUAUUCAGGAGAAGACAGUGGCAGGAGAGCAGGUGGCAGAAGCCACAGAAGAGCGGGUAGAGGCAGCUAUGGAAGAGGAGGCAGUGGCAGAAGCCACAGAAGAGCAGGUAGAGGCAGCCACGGAAGAGGAGGCAGUGGCAGAAGCCAAGGUAGAGUCAGCUACAGAAGAGAAGGCAGUGGCAGAAGCCACGGAAGAGCGGGUAGAGGCAGCCACGGAAGAGGAGGCUGUGGCAGAAGCCAAGGUAGAGGCAGCCACGGAAGAGGAGGCUGUGGCAGAAGCCAAGGUAGAGGCAGCCACGGAAGAGGAGGCUGUGGCAGAAGCCAAGGUAGAGGCAGCCACGGAAGAGGAGGCUGUGGCAGAAGCCAAGGUAGAGGUAGCCACGGAAGAGCGGGUAGAGGCAGCGGCAGAAGCCACGGAAGAGCGGGUAGAGGCAGCGGCAGAAGCCACGGAAGAGCGGGUAGAGGCAGCCACGGAAGAGCGGGUAGAGGUAGCUAUGGAAGAGGAGGCCGUGGCAGAAGCCACAGAAGAGCAGGUAGAGGAAGCCACGGAAGAGGAGGCAGUGGCAGAAGCCAAGGCAGAGGCAGCUACAGAAAAGAAGGCAGUGGCAGAAGCCACGGAAGAGCAGGUAGAGGCAGCCACAGAAGAGGAGGCAGUGGCAGAAGCCAUGGAAGAGAAGCUAAACAAGUCAAAAGAGGCACUGGCCUCAAAAGAAACAUUGUUUGCAGCUGGAAAUGCCACCACACCUGCAGAGGGCAAAGAGCCAGCUAAUGAAAUAGAAACUGAAGAAAAAGUUGAAGUAGCUGUUAAGGUAGAGAAAGAGAGAGAUGACCUGAUGGAAGAGGGAGAUGGUGCUAAGGUAGAAAAAGAAGAGGAGAAAGAUGACCUGAUGGAAGAGGGUGAAGAAACAGAAGGAUCAGAUGAGGAAGAUAAAGAAAAUGACAAAACUGAAGAUAAUAAAGAAAAUGACUCGACUGUUGAAGAUAAGUCUUUUCAGGAAAGUGAAGAGGAUGAAGUUGGAAAUCUGGAGCUGGCUUGGGAUAUGCUGGAGUUGGCAAAAGUAAUCUAUAAAAGACAGGAAACAAAAGAAGCUCAGCUCCAUGCUGCUCAGGCUCACCUGAAACUAGGAGAAGUUAGCAUUGAAUCUGAAAACUAUGCACAAGCUAUAGAAGAGUUUCAGGCGUGCCUCGCCUUACAGCAGAAGUACCUAGAGGCCCACGACCGCCUGCUAGCAGAGUCGCAUUACCAGCUGGCACUGGCAUACCACUACAACAGCCAGUUCGACGACGCAAUUCUGCAGUUCCGUAAAUCAGUAGAAGUCAUUGACAAAAGAAUGGUGAUGCUGACUGAACGAAUAAAGAAAGCAGAAGGAGGAUCCACUGAAGAUGAGAAGGAGAUCGAAGAAUUAAACGGACUACUUCCUGAAAUUAAGGAAAAGAUAGAGGAUUCAAAGGAGUCUCAAAAGAGUGCAAGAGUAGCUGAACUGGCUUUGAAAGCAACUCUGGUUGGAGGUGCUACCUCCAGUUUUACACAGAGUGAAGAAAGCUGUUCCGUUUCCACAAUUCCAGUAAGAAAGCCAGCUGAUGGAGCAUCCCAGUGCGUUACAGACAUCUCUCAUCUUGUCAGAAAAAAGAGGAAACCAGAGGAGGAGACUCAACAGGGAGACAAUGAAGCUAAGAAAUCUAAACCAGAACCGGCUGUCAAUGGUGGUGGUGAUGCUGCCCCCAGUGGAAAUGAGGUUGCAGAAAAAAUGGAAGAGGAGACAGAGAAAAGGCCACAAGUGGAAUCAGGGGCUGCAGUUGAAAGUACAGUAUGAUAGGUCUUUAGCAUGGACCACUCCUCUCCUCCCAAGGAGAAUGGUUUUGUAUAUAGUGUAUUUUUUCACUUUGGCAACUUUUGUAUGACUUCAAUAAAGAUUGUAAGCAAAUGUUUCAGA